AUGCAGAAAUUUAAAACCGAAAAUGUUAAGCCACGUGAUUCCGGCUAUGCCCCAACGCAGAUCCUUGGUUAUCGCGUGAUGAAUCUGAAACUAAUUCGCGAGGCUCUUCAACUAAUUCAUCUUCAAGCUCUUCCGGUACUUCCGGUUAGUCGUACAAGUGAAACAGAUUGGGGUUAUUCCACUGAAGAUCAAAGAAUGCCUGGUACUGUUGAUUCUGCUGAAGAAGUAGUAAAUAAAGGUUUUCCUUAUCCACGUGGCAAGGUUAUUGGGGGAUGUCAUAAAGCUGAUUAUGAUCUUUGGGCCGCUCAAGAUCCCGAAUACAUUAUUUGGAACUAUGAUCACUGCCUUGAAGCUUUCAAAGCGGUUGAAAAUAAUGCACGUAAAAAUCCAGAUGUAGAAUUCGAAAAUUAUCAUGGGUUCAAUGGUUUGCUUCACGUACAAGAUCCAGCAGUUGAGGAAUUUGAUAUUUCUAAAGAUGUUUUUAAAGUUGCAAGAAAAUUUGGUAUUCCUUGUAAUGAAGAUUUCAAUGGCGCUAAACAAAAUGGAAUAGGAAGAUAUCAAUUUACGAUGAAAGAUGGAAAGCGCUUUACAUUGGCUGAUGGUUAUUUGAAAGAUGCAUUGAAAAAAGUUACAGUUUAUCCUCCGAAACCAUUUAUUGCAGGACAUCCUCAUGCACCAGGCGAUGAUAACGUUGGCAAGUUUGUGGCAGUUAAUGUCAAAACCUUUGCCCACAUGUUAAAUAUUAUUUGGGACGAAGAAAAGAAAGAUGAAAAUGUUGCAAUUGGCGUGAGAUAUUCUUAUAAUGGUGAAGAUCACAAUUGUUAUAUUGCUCCAAAAGGUGAAGUUAUUAUUUGCGGUGGUGCUAUUAAUAGUCCUCAGAUUUUAAUGCUCUCUGGAAUUGGACCAAAAAAAAAUUUAGAAGAUAAUAGGAUCAAAGUUCGCAAAGAAUUACCAGUUGGACAUAAUUUAUGGGAUCAUCCUUUUUGUAUCGUUACUGCCACAGUUUCUGUUCCAAAUAGUACAGGUAAUAUUGAAGGAAAGAUUCCUAGUCAAGAAGAAUUUAACGAUGAACGUCCUGACAUUCAACAAUAUUACUUGUAUAGAAUGAUGAGUAGUCUUAAGUUAUCACGUAAAAUACUUGAACAACCUCCAUUAAGUACUUAUUGGGGUGUGAAAGUAAUUGGUCUAGAUGAAGUGAAUGAUGAUAAAGAAUGGGAAAAGUACAUUCGCAAAAGGCUUCCUUUAUCAUAG